UCGGCAAGUGGAUUGCGAGGCCAUUUUGGGCACGAAGGCCGCCGAGUUCCGCAGAUCGCAUCGUGCAACAUGGCAGCAACCACGAAGCUCAUGCAGCGCCUCGGGCUCCAGCUGCCCGUGAUCCAAGCGCCCAUGUACAACGUCUCGACGCCGGCCCUCGUGGCGGCGGUCCAUCGCCACGGCGCUUUAGGUUCGUACGGCGCCGGCUACAAGGCGCCCGACGCGCUCCGCGCCGCCUUGGCCGACAUCACGGCGCUCGUGCCCGACAAGAACUUCAACGUCAACGUCUUUGUCGACGCGGCGCCAUCGACGCCCGAGUCCAAGACCGGCUGGGACGCAUACGAGUCGCUCCUGCAACCAGUGCGCGCCGAGCUCGGCCUCGACACGACGCCGCGCCCGUUCCCGCAGGCAGCGAUCCCGAGCGUGCUCGAGGACCAGAUGCAGGUCAUUCUCGACGUGCAGCCGCGCGUCGUCAGCUUUUGUUUUGGCGUCCUCGAUCCGGCGCUCGUCCGCGCCUGCCAGAAGUUUGCAAUCGUGCUUGGCACCGCCACGACGGUCGAGGAGGCCAUCGCGCUCGAAGCUGCGGGUGUCGACGCCAUCAUCGCCCAAGGCAGCGAGGCGGGUGGCCACCGCAGCUCGUUCCUGGGCGACAGCACUGGCUCGAUGCUUGGGAGCAUGGCGCUCAUUCCUCAGAUCUGCGACGCGGUCAAGGUGCCUGUCAUUGCUGCCGGCGGCAUCUCGGACCGCCGGCACAUGCUGGCAGCGUUUGCCCUGGGCGCCGACAUGGUCCAAGUGGGCACUGCGUUUCUCACGACGCCCGAGAGUGGACUGCCGCCCCAACGCAAGGAAGCGAUCACCGCCGCGACGAGCUCGACAGCGAGUGUCGUCACGCGGGGUCUGACGGGGCGACCCGCACGCAUGCUGCGCAACGAGCUCGUGGAUCGUCUCGUGCCCCACGAGGUGGACGCGGCGUCGAGUGCGCUUCAACGUCAGCGCAUGGCCGACAUCUUUGGCACGCACGACCCGCGCUACUCGGCGCUCCUCGCGGGCCAAGGCCACGCCUACUGCCGCCUAAACGAUACCGUCGCGACAGUGUUGGCUCGGUUUGCGUGAGCUCAGCACGCAUAUAAGAUCUUGUUGACGGCGAAAAUGCUAGCUGUGGACGAUCGCGUUGAUCUCUUGCUGCACCUGCA